AUGACGACGGUCACCACGGCGCCGAGCAUCUCAGGGAGCCUGGGGUCCGUGGCGCGGAAGGGGACCACCAAAGGCGUGGACAGGACGGCCGAAAAGGCGCCGCCGCCUACGACUCAAGCCUUGACCACGCCUGUCAUUCAAACCACCUCCUCGCCAAUCGGUGUCCAGGGACACACCCACUCGCCUUCAGCGGGGGCUGGACUCUCUGGUCCUCAGCCAAUCAGCACGGACAGCACGCUGGCGCCUCCGGCCCUGACAACCUCCUUCAAGCGGGAGAAGUUCCGAGAUAACAAGUCAGCGACAGCAAACGCUACAGGCAGCACGAGCGCUGUCACAACAGUGAAAUCUCAGCCUUCAGCCAACGCAGACGAGAGUAUGACCACCAGCACCAUGACAACAACCGUCAUCACCACCAUGCAGUCAUUAGCCCCAUGCACCAUGAAUUUCACUGAUCCUGAAGGCUACAUUGAGAUGCCUCCACAGGACUCCAGCGGCUUCGAGUCCACCAGCGACUGCACGUACCUCAUCACUGUGUAUCUCGGCCACGGCAUCCAAAUACAGGUGCUGAACGUGAGCCUGCUGGAGGGCGAGCAGGUGACGGUGGAGGACCUGGGGGUUCUGGAACCCUCCGUCCUGGCCAACGCCUCCGCGCUCAAGACAGGCCUGGUGCUCCGCAGCUCCAGCAACCAGGUGUCCAUCCGCCUGAGCAGCGAGCAGAGGCCGCACCCCGGGGCCAUCGUGCUCCGCUACCAAGCCUUUGCUCUGAGCUGUGGCCUUCCAAAGAGGCCAGCCAACGGUGAGGUGACGGUCAGCAGUCUCAGUGUUGGAGGGGAGGCUUUCUUCUUCUGUCUGACUGGCUACCAGCUCCAGGGUUUCUCCUCGCUCACCUGCCGCAACGCUACCACCCCCUACUGGACUGGCAGAGAACCCAAAUGCCAGGCCUCAUGUGGUGGGAUGAUUAAAAAUGCCACUCUGGGUCGCCUGGUCUCGCCGGGGUUUCCAGGUAACUACAGCAACAACCUGACGUGCCACUGGGUUCUGGAGGCCCCUGAGGGCCACAGGCUCCACGUGCACUUUGAGAAGGUGGCCCUCGCCGAGGACGACGACAGGCUGCUCAUAAAGAACGGGAACAACAUCGACUCCCCGGUGUUGUACGACUCCUACGAGGUGGAAUACCUGCCCAGCGAGGGCGUCCUGAGCUCCGACCGACACCUGUUCGUGGACUUCACCACAGACGCUACCGGGACCUGCACUGGAGCGGCCAUCAGAUAUGAAGCUUUCCCACAUGGCUUUUGCUACGAGCCGUUUGUGAAGUACGGGAACUUCUCCAGCAGCGACGCGUCCUUCGGGGUCGGGGCAGUCGUGGAGUUCUCCUGCGACUCGGGCUACACCCUGGAGCAAGGCUCCGUCACCAUCGAGUGUGUCAACGCAGAGAACCCACAGUGGAACGAGACCGAGCCAGGAUGCAGAGCUGUCUGCAGUGGAGAGAUCACGGACUCGGCUGGGGUGGUGCUCUCCCCCAACUGGCCCGAGGCCUAUGACAAGGGACAGGACUGCAUCUGGGGCAUCCACGUGGAAGAGGACAAGAGGAUCAUGCUGGACAUCCAAGUCCUCCAUCUUGGUAAAAACGACAUGCUGACGUUCUACGACGGGGACGACCUGACGGCCAACAUCCUGGGCCAGUACAGUGGAGCGCUGCCGCGCUUCAAGCUCUACACCUCCAUGGCCGACGUCACCGUCCAGUUCCAGUCUGACCCCGCCACCAACAUCUACGGCUACAACAACGGCUUUGUGGUGCACUUCUUUGAGGUGCCCCGUAAUGACACAUGCUCAGAGCUGCCUGAGAUCAUGAACGGCUGGAAGAGCACGUCGCACCCUGACCUCAUCCACGGCACCGUGGUAACCUACCAGUGUUACCCUGGCUACCAGCUGCAGGGCUCCGAGGUGCUCAUGUGCCAGUGGGACCUCACCUGGAGCGGAGACGUGCCCACCUGUGAGAAAGUGAUGGUGUGCCCUGACCCCGGCGUUGUGGAACAUAGUCACCGGGUGAUCACCGGCUCUCGCUUCGUGGUGGGCUCCACCGUCCAGUACAUCUGCAACAAGGGCUACUUCCUGUCCGGCACUGGCCUGAUCACCUGCUACAGCCGAGACGUGGCAGAUCCCAAAUGGAGCGAGCGGCUGCCCAAGUGUGUCCCUGAUAAGUAUGAGCCGUGCAGAAACCCGGGCGCCCCCUCCACUGGACUCCAGAACCCAGAGAAGGCCUUCUACCAGGCCGGCGAGACCCUCAGCUUCUCCUGCAGGAGUGGACAGGAGCUCCAGGGAGAGUCGCUCCUCCGCUGCGUGCCUGGACACCCCUCCCAGUGGAGUGGAGCGCCCCCUGCCUGCAGAGCCUCCUCUUCAGACUAUAUGAAUGAGCGGCGGCUAGAUGUUGACAGCGCUGACUCAGACACGGGCCCAGGCACCAACAUAGCCAUCGCAGUCAUGGUUCCAGUAGCAGUGGUCUUGUCACUGAUCCUUGUGAUAUACGUCUACUUCUCAAAACUGCAAGGGAAGCCUCUGCAGAUGCCCACCUCCUCACUGCCCCCCUACGACAACAUGACGGAGGAGUCGGCCUUCAGCAACCCCAUUUACGAGACCGGAGUAAGUAUGGACGCCCUGAACCUCAGAGACGUGGACUCAGAGAACACCAUCGUCUUGUCCUGAACCUUCUCAUCACCAUGACCCUGUGGAACCGAGCAGAGCUGAGUCGGACUGAACCGACCCGCUCAACUCCCUCCCAUCAUCAUCUACUGUGUGAACUGUGGUGUCAUCUCAU